CAACGCCGGCCUCCCUGUCUCAACAGUGGCCACAAGUUCGCACGGGGCUGGGGAUGACUACCACCACCGGGCUCCGGCGCAUCGCAGUUUCACGCGGCGGUCGACCAAAUCUGGUCCGCUAAAUACUCUCUCGCUACAGUUUCUCUUAAUUAACAGCUCCAUUACGACGAGCUGCGGGGAGGGAGGGAGUUGGAUCCUUGGAGGGUAAGCAGGGUUCGCGGCCGUGUGGGAGCGAUGGGAACCGUCCUGGACUCGCAUUUCUUGGCGCUCACCGCCAUCGUCACUGUGGGGUACCAGCUGCUGUUCUUCAUCGUCACAGCUGUCCUGCGGUUCGACAAGGUCACGGAUUUCGCCGGCAGUACAAAUUUUGUCAUAAUCGCCAUCCUGACACUAGCUUUGAAGGGAGCAUGGCAUUUCCGUCAGAUUGUGCUGACAGUGCUUGUUAUAAUUUGGGGCCUUCGCCUUGGACUGUUUUUAUUAAUGAGGAUUAUGCAAUGGGGUGAAGACCACCGGUUUGAUGAUAUGCGCAAUAAUUUGGGGAAGUUAGCAGUAUUCUGGAUUUUUCAGGCUGUCUGGGUUUGGACUGUCAGCUUGCCCGUCACUAUUGUGAAUGCAAGUGACAGAAACCCCUCGAUUGAAGCCAGAGAUAUAAUUGGUUGGAUAAUGUGGUUGGUCGGGAUAUGUGUGGAAGCAACAGCUGAUCAGCAGAAGCUUGUGUUCAAGAAUAAUCCAAGCAAUAGGGGAAAGUGGUGUGAUGCGGGUGUUUGGAAGUAUUCUCGCCACCCGAAUUACUUUGGGGAGAUAUUCCUUUGGUGGGGAAUUUUCGUAGCAUCGACUCCAGUCCUCUCAGAUGCUGAAUGGCUUGUAAUUCUUGGACCUAUAUUCCUGACACUUUUGCUUCUUUUCGUUAGUGGAAUCCCACUCCUUGAGUCAUCUGCUGAUAAGCGCUAUGGACGAUUGGAGGAAUACCGCUUAUACAAGAACAAUACAAGCCCUCUUAUCCCAUUGCCACCAGCUGUGUAUGGAGCCCUGCCUGCAUGGUUCAAGGUAGCCUUCCUCCUCGAGCUCCCACUCUACAAUCCUGGGCCGGGAUCGGACGUGACCCUGUCAGCUGAGUGACGCAUGCAAAUUGUUCUGCUGGUCUUCAGUUGUAAACAUGUUUGAUAUGUAUGUCUGAACUCCAUUGUACGUUGUCAUUGUGGACGAGCCAUUCUUUUCCCUUGGAUUCUAACACAGUGAAGUUGAUCUGUAUUUAACACUCAGGAGGCUCAUAAAAGUUGGAUAUUUUUUGGUGC